AUGUGUGAGCGCUCACUCAAGAAACACUACGAAAUUAUUGCAAGACGAAUUGUGGGCCAGUAUCCAGCAUCAUUUCAAGAUGCCUUUGAAGGCACGGUUGUUGGGACGGGUCACGAUUCGCUUCUUAAUCAGCUGGUCUUUAGGACCGAAAACUGUGUACGCUUUAAGAACCGUUGCUCUGGUGAGACGGCGGAUCUGACGAAGAGUGGACGAAAGAAGGCCCGCAUGUACGGUUGCUUCAAGGAUUCUACCACUGAAAACAUUGAUGAGGAGUGCUUGGAAGAAAAAAAAGAAACGCUAAAACAUUGGUAUGUGACGAACACUGGUCAAAAAGAUGACAUCAAAGCGGAGAUGAAGGCGACAUACUUGCUGCAACGGAAAAUGAUCGAUUCGAAAAUCAAGACCCCCGAACUCCUGUCGGAAUGGCCGUACCUCUUCACUCCCGACGGCAUGUUCAUCCACUUUCACGAGCUUGUUGGCAUACACGUCGAGGAUGUGCUCCCAGUGUCAUUCAAGGAAAAGGGACUGAGCAUUUUGAAAUUUGCACAACAGUGCGAGAAAAGUGAUGCUGCCACGCAAAUCCUGGCGGAGCUGGAAGAUGCGCCAGGCACAGAACUGCAAAACCAGGCAGUCGCAGUGACCCUUCUCCUGUUACACUACUUAGAGGAAAAUGAAGGUGCCGUCUUCAUUGUUCGUGGCGAUCCUUGUACUGCCCGUCAUGUGGAGCAGUCAGACCUUCCAGCAAGCCCAAGAAUUAUUGUUAUUGGUGAUUCUGCAUGGUGCCCGUCCUCAUUCAUGUUGAGUGUAGACAAGAUUGUUGUCACAGACCUCAUCGAUGACUUUAUCACGGCAAUCAGCGUCUGGUUUGCUCUCCACUAUGUGCUGAAUCUUGUAUAUGCCCAAGAAAGUCAAGCAUUGCUGGAGUUCCUGCAGAGGACAUUUCUCGGGAUAAACCCUGACCGGGGUUCAAGAGCAGAGAAGAGGCAGCGCACGCCUGUCAAUAAAAAGGUGCUGCGACCCGUCGACAAGCUGUCGCACUUUGAGUGGCAUGUUUAA